AUGAAAUUCGCCACCUCCAUCUUAGCCACCGCCAUUCUCCUUUCAGAGAUUGUCCAAGCUCACCAGGAACAUGCUUCCAAACCCAAUGCCCUGCAUGGCAAGCACGCCUUCCAUCGGGCCGCAACCGCAUCCCGUACAGGGAGAAGCAUGAUAGCGAACCCCCUCGCGAAGCGACACGCUGGGCCUCAUUACUGCCAAAACUAUGAGUGGGACCCGGUUGACUGGCCCCUUGAUGGUUACUGCGAAGGCCUUGCCUACGACGGUGGCAAUAUUCCAUGCUGGCGGGAAAACCAGUGCCCUAUCGAAUCUGUUGAUGGGAUUCGGUUCCCAUGUACCUGGCACAAAACACAUGAGGCCUAUGCCUCGUGUGAUGGUCAUGACAUUUUCACUGGGUAUGAUUCGCCACCAUCGUCACCAGAACCACAGCCCGCACAGCCCGCACGAGCCAAAAGAAGCAACAACAAAGCCAGACCGGCCAAUGCACGCACACCAUCUAAGUCUUCGAAAGCACCUCCAGUAGAGAAACAACGCCUAGUGCAAAAGUCUAAGCCCAGGCUGGCCACGAAAUCGAAAAAGGACCAAGAAAGAGUUGCCAAGGCAAAGGCUAAGGCACAGGCUAAGGGGACCAAGAAAUCUGCACCGGCUAAGAAUCCUGCGCCAGUCAAGAAGCUUUCACCAGCCAAGCCGGCUGGAAAAGCAAAGGGGCCUUUGAAGCGCAGGGCACCUUUGAAGCGCAGGACUCCUUUGAAUCGCAGGGCACCAAGAAAGGUUUAA